AUGACUGACCGGUCUAGAGGUCGAGAACGCCGUCGGAAAAGAAAACGCUCAGAAGAUUUUGAAGAUGAAGGAAUUUCAAGAUGGAAACUCGGACUUGUAAUUGGAGUAAUUGUUGUAUGCUUUGCCAUGCUAUAUCCCACUGUCUUCCACCCUAUGAUUAUGGGUUUCUUCGGAGCUAAAGAUGUUCAAAAAAGUAAUGCUAAUAAACCACCUAUUCAUCCCGGAAUGGGGCCCGGUGGACCAAGAACGGGUGGUGGUCCUCGUCAUGAUCAUCCGGCUAUGAGAAUGGCAGCGGCUCAACAUGAUGCUCAACAGUCUACGGGUGGUGGACGUGGUAUGUUCACUUGGAUGUUGCCAAUUUACACAGUCGGAGUUGUAAUUUUCUUACUGUACACUCUCUUCAAGUCGAAAAAGAAGAAGAAAAGAAGAAGUUAUGGAUCUGAUAGCGAAGAGUCUGACUCCUAUGAUGAAUGCGGUGGGCAAUUCUCGGGAAAACUCGGGAAGAAGAAGUUACGAGGUCUUCAAGAAAGACUUCAACAAACUGAAGAAGCGAUGACGAAAAUUCUGGAACAGCUUGAAGCUGUCCAAGGUUUGGACUUGACUUCCAUAGACCAAACAACGGAGCAGCCAACACCGAAGAAAGACCAGAAGAAAAAAGAACCAAUAAGUGUAAAGCCUGCACUAAGUUCCCAAAGUGAACAGUACAUAGGAGACCUGGAAAAAGCUCUGAAAGAAUUCAAAGUUCUAUCAGAAGCGUAUGAGAAGGAAAAAGAUCGUCAUCUAGCCGAAGAAGAUGAAUCUAUGACAAGUGACUCUGAGUUGAACUCCUCAGCAUCUUCAGCUGAUUCAGAAGAAGAGGAAAGAGUGAGACAAAAGGAGCGAUCACGUCGGAGGAAAGAGAAAGAAAAGAAGGUUAAAGAAGUUAUACCGAAAGAAGAAUCUGAUGAAAGAGAAGAUGAUUCUCAAGCUCAAGCGCUUGGAGAGCAGUCCGAGGAAGAAGAUCUUAUUCAAGACGGGCAACAAGAACUAGUAGAAGAAACUAAAGUAGUUCUGCCUGACGAACCCGAAGAUAUUGUGGAAACACCUGUACCUGCAAUGGAGGAAGAGUCUAGGAUUGAAUCGAAACCAGUAGAUAAGAAAGUUCGCAGACGUGCCCGACGUAUAUGA